AGCAUUGGAAGUCAAGGAUUGAGCCGUGUCACACCACCAACGGCCACCUUCUUUGGAAGUAGCCCUGGGGUUCAAGGCUUUAGCCCCGCACCACCAACUCCUAGCACCAUUUUCACCACCCGGCAACAAGCACAAGGCGUCUCUAACUUCGGGAGCUUUGCUUUUGGCACGGACUUUGACAGCACUGGCACGGGAGGAGUAACGACUUUUGACGGCAUACCCUCCACUAGACAACCCCCGGCUGACUUCACAACCGCGUUGCUGAGCAAGGACUCAUUCGGCUCGGUUAGCCCGUCGUCCGCCUCCCAAUCACGCAGCCUUGGGUCCUCGACUAGACUUGGGUCCUCCUCGACUAGCUCCUUUAGCUCCAACUCCUUGCAGCCCGGCGCACCAGCGUCCACGUUCAAUACGCGUGGACAGCCGGUCAAUAAUGUCCGCUUUACACCGUCUGGUGGGUUCAGCUUCGGUACGGGCCAAACCACGGCUUCCAAUUUCCGUCCCAUUAACCAGCCAACCUCUCGGCCAACCUUCCGCCCCAUCAACCAGCAAACCUUUCAGCCAACAUUCCGUCCCGCCAGCCCAGUAUCUCAGCCAACCUUCCGCCCUUUUAGUCAGCAAACCUUCGGCCCCUUCAGCCAGCGGACCUCUCAGCCAGCGUCCAGUUCCGUGAACCAGCAGCCGUCUCUGCUGCCGAUGACGACGCCGCGAUCCACCUUCCCCACGGCGCUGUCCUUCACGUCGGCCUUCUCCCCGAACACCCCCACUUCGGCGCCGGCCGUGCUCACUGAGGCCGCGCGCUUCUUCGGCUCCAAUCCGGGUCCCUCCAGUCUGCCCGGCUCUGUGUCGACCUUCAGCCGCGGCGCCCCUCCGUCAGCCCUCGGUGGACAGGCGGGCGCCUUCUCCUUCGGCACGACCGCCACCGAGGCCAGCACGCUGGUGCAGUCGAUCGCCACAAGUCCGGCCGCGGCGGUGACUCCGCGGCCCACCUUCCGCCCGGAGACGCGUCGGCCGGCACCAAGACCCACGGUCGCCGCCGACCGCACCUCGUCGCAGAGGCGCCCAGCGUCGUCAACGUCGCAGAGGGCGGGCUCCGGUCGCUCUCUGGGGGAGGCCGCCUCCCGGGGAGCCGCCUCCCGGGGAGCCGCCUCCCAGCCGGCGAAGGUGCCGCAGGCCCUCGGCAGCGCGCCCGUGUUCGAGUUCGCGCAGAAGAACGGCCAGAUCACGCGCUCGUCGCACCUGAGGGGCUUUGACACGCGUCUGCCGACCUUCCGGGAGGAGGUGGUCGUCAGCGACCCCGUCUUCAGCAGCGCCGACAUCAAGCCCGGCUUCUCGUGCGAGGGCAAGCCCUACGGCUACUACGCGGACAUGGCCAACGACUGCAGAAUCUUCCACAUCUGCCAGCCAGUCGACGUGUCCGGGGACAGUAUAUUCUACACGCGGUACAGCUUCUUCUGCGGCAAGCAGACGCGGUUCGACCAGUCGAUGCUGUCCUGCCUGCACGACGAGGACGCCAUUGCCUGCUCGCAGUCGGUCGACUGGCUCUUCCGCAACGACGACUUCGGAGUGGAGGGUGACCUCGAGGAGCAGUUCCAGGCCGAUGUGCAGAGCGCAUCGUAGCACCUCCCGCCCCUCACUGCGCUGCAGCUGCCGCCUCUCAUCACGGAGCAGCUUCUGUCCCCGCCGAGAAGCGGCUGCUGCUCCCGCCGCGAAGCAGAUACGAUUCCCGCCUCGAAGCAGCUGCCGCCGCCUCGCAGCGCAAUGGUCCCCGAACCACGCGUUUUCCGAGACGCUGAAGUGCCUACUCAUGGGAACCAGGUGCCGACGUAUAUCAUGUGGGAGAGUGGGCGGCGGCGUUGGUUGUCUACGUGCAAGGAUUUCGCGGUCCACCGCCGGCGUCGGUGCACUGCAUGUCUGGGAAAAUCGCUCGUCAAAGGGCCGUGCGCAGUCGCAAACAUUGUAUUGAUACAUGUCCGACGCUGCACGCGCGCGAAUGAAUUGUGCGGGGCUGGAUGCUGAUGCAUCGUUUGGUCCUUCAGUGCAGUGAGCACACGCAUGUCUCAAAUCGAUGCUGUCGCAACCCUGCUGGCAGAUAGACAUGCUAGUAACUGAGCGAAUUGAUUCUUUGUCGACCUGUUGGUGUGCAUAACAUUUUCUACCGACCACGCACUUCAAUACUCUUGGACGUCAUGAUAUGCCGAAUGUAAGAUAACGCUAAUGGGAUGAGCAACAUGGUGAUGCAUGCAGAGGCAAAAACCUUAUGCUCAUAAUAUUAUAAAUCCGUCCAGAAAAACGGUUUGAAAGUGCACCGUCCGUGUGGCUUUAUGUGUGAGCGCUGAGGAAA